AUGGGGAAAGACUCAAAGCCGAAAGAAUCAGGAGGGAAGGGGAAGGGGAAGCAGGCUGCUAGUGGAAGUGAUGAGAAUGCUUCUAAGGGAAAAGGAAAAGGUGGGAAAGGUGGAGAUGGGCUUGGUACUUGCACUUACGUUAAAGCUAGGCAUAUCUUAUGUGAGAAACAAGGUAAGAUCAAUGAAGCCUACAAGAAGCUGCAGGAUGGUUGGCUCAGCAACGGAGAUAAGGUACCACCAGCUGAGUUUGCAAAGGUAGCUCAAGAGUAUUCUGAAUGUCCUUCGGGAAAGAAGGGGGGAGACCUUGGAUGGUUUCCCCGAGGAAAGAUGGCUGGGCCAUUUCAGGAUGUUGCCUUCAGCACACCUGUUGGCGCCACUAGUGCUCCUUUCAAAUCAACGCAUGGCUACCAUAUCAUCUUAAGUGAAGGAAGAAAGAACUGA